CUCCACAUAUUCACCCAACUACCAUGCAGUGAAGAGGGAGUCAGAACCAGCACUGGGGGACCCUGCUGGCUUGGAGAAUGAAAGGCAGAUUUACAAGAGUGUGCUGGAAGGUGGAGAUAUCCCGUUCCAGGGGCUGAGUGGUCUCAAGCGACCUUCUAGCUCUGCUUCCACAAAAGUGGAUCGUAAAGGUGGGAAUGCUCAUAUGACUGCACCCUCUUCAGUUAAUAGCCGAACCUUUAACGCUAGUCAUGCUGGUAUGUUAGGUCACGCAUGUAAACAUAAGAAGCCCUUAUCAGCUGCAAAAGCCUGCAUUACUGAAAUUCUCCCUUCUAAAUUCAAACCCAAACUAGCAGCUCCAGCUGCUCUUGUGCAGGACAAGAAGGGUAUCUUGCUGUCUCAUGAGAAAGCUCAAAGCUGCGAAAACCUUCGUAGCUCCAUUGCUUUGUUUGAUAAUAAAAAAGCUUUCAUGGUAGACAUAGGGGAAAACAUAGAAAACAUAUUGAUGAAGUCGAAGCAGGAGUAUGCCAUCAAAUCCAGCAGUACCAUGAGCCUUCAGGAGUAUAGCACCAACUCUAGGAAAGGCUACCUGUUUCCUGCCUCCAGGAAGAAUGGGAUGGAGUUUACAAUGCUGUACAAAGACAUGCACCAGAUCAACCGGUCCAGGAUCCAUUUGGGCACAGUCUCCUCCUGCAGCGUGAGGGAUAUUGCAUCUCACUUUGAGAAUGAAGCAAAGGACAGGAUGGAGCACAGCCUUAGUCGAGAGGAUUCAGAGCAGAUCCCCAAACACACAGUUUCCUCCCGUAUCAGUGCCUUUGAGCAGCUGAUCCAGAGAUCCCGAUCAAUGCCCUCGCUUGACUUUUCCACUGGACAAAACAAAUUCACCACUUCUCUCCAGUCUAAAACUUGUCUGAGUUCUGCCUACUCUGCAGAGUUUCUUCUGGAUUUGCCAAAAGCACACCAAGAAGAGAAGGAUGCUGCCAGCUUGGCAGAUAAAUCUUCCCACUCCUGCAGCAACAUGGAGGACACGGCUUCAGAUGUCAGUGACGCCAUCCCUAUGGACACACUUUCAGCUUGCACGGAUGAGAUAGAUCUCCUCUCAAAUGCAUCCAAUGACAGUGGCAGCAGCAGCAGCAACCUCAAUGGGCCUCAGAAGCAUAAAAUCAACAGAUGCAAAGGCACAUGCCCAGCUUCCUACACCAGAUUCACUACCAUCCGAAGGCAUGAGCAGCAGCAGGCCUCCAGGAACCCUGAUUCCAAAGGGGAUGUGUAUGGGGACAGACACAUGCUCCCCAGAAACGUCUACCUAAUGAGCCCACUCCCCUUCCGAUUGAAAAAGCCCUUCCAAAACAAAUCCUGCAGGACUCCACUCCCAGACUGCCCAGGAAGCCCAGCAGUGCCCAGCCCUGAGAACCCAGAUGGCCCCAUACAGCUGCAGGGGAGUGUAGGAGACAAGAGUCACCACUCCCAGCACCAACUGUGCUCCAGAAGCAGGCCUCUAGCCCCCAGGCGCCUGUCUUCCUUUGACAUUGUGGAGAGGCUUAGCUACUUCCCCACCAUGGGAUCUAUCCGAGAUAGCUUCAUGGGCCGGGCUGACACUCCUGACUCCUUAAGCAAUGGGAACCCUGUUCCAUAUGCCCUCUGUCACAGCCUGGACACAAACAACAACCCGCAAAGUGAACUUGGGACGUACCUAGGAGAUUCAGAAUCACCAAGGCAUUUUGCACCAGUUGAUUACAUGGAAACUCCAGAAGAAAUUAUCCGCAGACGGCAUGAUGAUAAAGAGAAACUUUUAGAGGACCAGAGACGGCUUAAACGUGAGCAAGAAGAAGCUGAUAUUGCAGCUAGAAGGCACACAGGGGUUAUUCCAACGCACCAUCAGUUUAUCACUAAUGAGCGAUUUGGGGACCUCCUAAAUGUAGACGAUACAGCAAAGAGGAAAUCUGGGUCAGAGAUGAGACCUGCUAGAGCCAAGUUUGACUUUAAAGCACAGACGCUAAAGGAACUUCCUCUGCAAAAAGGAGAUAUUGUUUACAUUUACAAGCAGAUUGACCAGAACUGGUAUGAAGGUGAACACCAUGGCAGAGUUGGCAUCUUCCCACGAUCAUACAUAGAGCUUCUCCCACCAGCUGAGAAAGCUCAGCCCAAAAAGCCAUCACCAUUGCAAGUAUUGGAGUAUGGAGAUGCUAUUGCUAAGUUCAACUUCAAUGGCGAUACCCAAGUGGAAAUGUCCUUCAGAAAGGGUGAAAGGAUCACGUUGAUUCGACGGGUGGAUGAGAAUUGGUAUGAAGGAAAAAUCUCUGGCACCAAUCGCCAAGGCAUUUUCCCUGUCACUUACGUGGAGGUGCUCAAACGACCAGUGGUCAAGAAUGCCAUUGACUAUCCUGACCCACCAAUGUCCCUCUCCCCUAACCGCAGCAUGACAGCUUCACCACAGUCUCCCAGCUCUGAGCUGCUCCAUGCACCAACUCCUCCACCUUUGCCUUUCGCGCGCCGUGCCUUAUCUCCAGAGGUACAGGCAGUCACAUCUGAGUGGAUUGCUCUGACCGUGGGAGUGUCUCCUAGCACCACUCCUGCCAUAACUCCUCCAUUGCCUUCUCCGCCUGAAGUGUCCCUCUCUCACACUGACUAUCUCUCGCCUUCUGCUGCAGUCAGCCCUUCCCCCACGGUCAGCCUCCACCAUUGUCAUUUCUCUGGCUCCUCGACUCCCAGGUCCAUUAAAUCCCCGUUGCCCUCUUACUCAUCCAGACCUCAGUCCUCCGCUCGCAGUUUCUAUCAGGCUACUCCGCAAAGCGAAGAAAAGUUUGUUCGCUCCCCUUCUCCCAGUGUGAGCUACUCUAACUCCCCUCGCUGGGCAGUGGAGAGCCCCGAAAGCGUCCUCGCAGAGCAGCAUUACACCACUGGCAGCCAAGCCUGCCUCCAAAAGACUAGAGAGGGCAGCGGCAACCCUGAGCAGGGUGCUCAUGCUGCUUCCAAGAUUUCUGUGGAGCGCUGCCUGAAACCAUCCCAACUAGACAUGCGUGUGAGCCCAGAAAAGAGACCUGUGGGUUCCUCUGAGGACAACCAGUUGUGUCAGGAACUAAUGGCUAUUGUGCAGGGAGGUAAAACAGAGAAGAGAGGCAUGAGGAAAGGUGAUCUGGGAAAGUUUCAAAGCGGGGAAAAGAAGACUGCAGACUCAAAAGCAUUCUCUUCAUCUGCUCCUCUUUCUUCCUCUGCCCUCUCUUCCUCUACUGUCACAACACAGCCACCUCCCAGACUUACACGCAGAGUCAGUAAGCCACAGCCUUCCCAUCAUUCAUUGAGAGCUGGACCAGAUCUCACAGAGUCUGAAAAGAGCUAUGUGGAAGCUGUUUGCAAUGAGAUCAUAAACAUUGCAGAAAAGUCUGUUCAUUACUGCAGUACUAUUUCUCAGCCUCUUGACUCUCGCCACAAGGUGACCUCUAAUGACCAUAAACCAUCUCUCAUCAUUUCUCAGCAACCUCAAGCACAGCAGCAAGGAGCCAGCCCUGACAGAAGUCAAACACCACGAGACGUAGUUAGCUACCAAGCCCUCUACAGCUACACUCCUCAGAAUGAUGAUGAGCUGGAACUGAGGGACGGCGACAUUGUCGAUGUCAUGGAGAAAUGUGACGAUGGCUGGUUUGUGGGUACAUCCAGGAGAACAAGGCAAUUUGGCACCUUCCCAGGCAACUACGUGAAGCUUCUGUACCUGUAA